AUGGCGGCAUGGCACCAUCCGGAUAGCUGGCUCACGGCAGCCUUCUCGCCCAACCUCUCGACUAUCCUGAUCACGUUUAUUGUUGCACUGGGCCUGCCGAUACUGCUGCAUAGCUUCUUGUACAGAAAGGCAGCUGCUUCAACCAACGUUCCCACUUUCCUGCUCGUUGGGCCGAGUGGGGGUGGCAAGACGGCGUUUACAACCUUGGCAGAGCGAAACACCACGACGCAAACCCACACCUCUACCGCCCCGCUCACCGUCUCUGCCCUCCUCCCGAGUCCACACAUCCCCGCGUCGUCGCACUUCCGCGCCCCUGGCGACCCGCAAUUCGAGCGCUCACGCCGCUUCCUCCUCCUCGACACGCCAGGGCACGGCAAGCUGCGCCACUUCGCGACGUCGCAGCUCGCAGACCCAAAGGAUGUGCGAGCCAUACUAUUCGUCGUGGACGCUGCUGGCAUCGCAGAGGAAGCAGGAUUGAACGAGGCAGCCGAGUAUCUCCAUGACGUCCUCCUGUCCUUGCAGCACCGGUAUACGCGGGCGAAGAGCAGCAAGGGCCCCAAGGACAUCCCCGUUCUCGUCGCUGCCAACAAGAUGGAUCUGUUCACCGCGCUGCCCGCCAACUUGGUCAAGAUCCAGCUGGAAAAGGCCAUUACUGAGGUUAGGAGUCGCAGGGCAAAGGCGCUGAGGGAUGCUGGGGCGGCGCUGGCUGGGAACGAAGACGAGGUGGAUGAAGAAAAGGAGUGGCUUGGUGAGGGGGGAGAGGGCGCGUUUGAGUUUAGCCAGAUGCGCGAGAUUGGCACGACGGUGGAUGUUGUCGGUGGGAAUGUGGUUAGCGGCAAGGACGUGGGCGAUGUCGGGGCUUGGUGGGCGUGGCUUGCUGAGCAACUUUGA